GAUCCGGCGACGGAGAUGUGAAGGUUUGGUCGAUCAAGAAGGAUUCGUUAAACCUCCUAAGGGUGUUAAAAGGUGUAGACGACGUCGGAAUCUUGACCUUGACUUUGCACGAUGAAUUGAUCUUUUGCGGUACACAAAACGGUAAUAUCAAGAUCUACGAUUUGGAUACCUAUCAGCACAUUCGAUCUCUCAUGGCACACGAAGAUGAUGUUUUGGCAUUGGCAAUCCACGAGAACUACUUGUUUUCUGGAUCCGCAGAUGGCACCAUUAAGAAAUGGAAUGAAAAGUUUGAGAUAUUGGACACUUCCAAGAAUCAAGGAGGAAUUGUCCUGUCGCUUGUCGUUUCCCCGCAAUUUUAUGAUGAAGAGCCGGCAUCGGGUCAUGGUUUUCGAUUGAUUAGUGGCGCCACCGAUCGAUUAAUAAAG